UUUGUAAAAGUCGCAAUCACUCAAAAUUUGUGUUUGUUUCAAAAUUCAAGAAAAAUUAAGAAAUCUUUUCAGUUCAUUAUUGGUUACUCCGACAAAUAAAAAAAGGCUUCAAUAUUAACCUGCACUGCGCGAAGAAUUUGCGCAAAUGAAGCCGAAUCGGAAGGAUACCGUGGCACAAGUGCUCACCAAAACAACAACAGCAACAACAAUCGGCCGAACAACCGUCGAUGCAGCUGUCGUUACAGUCGAAGCCGAAACGCAAAAGCACGAUGAGCAACGCUACGGUUUAAUCGAAAAUGUCUCGCUUAUCGGCUGGAUGGGCAUAAUCGUGUCCACAACAAUAUUGCUUUGCACGGGACUGACGAUGCAAUGGAGCCAUGAGUUCCAUCGCUACUUUGCCUACGCGCUACGUAAAUCCUUUGAAAUGGAACUGACGCGUGUAAUGUUGCGACGGGUUAUAAUGGCAAUCAACACUGGCGUUUACUUUCUCUCAGCCGUCAAUGUGCUCAUGAAUAUGUUCCUGCUGAUUGGCGUCGCGAAGCUCAACUACAAGCUCAUGCUGCCCUGGCUGCUAUUCCAUGGCAUUCUUUUCGGACUCUUCGUUCAUGUGGCCAUUUACGUGAGCAUCUCUAGCCUGCUGGUGAACUGCCGGGUAUUCGUUAUACUACUCGCUUCAUUCACAGUGAUUUUAAUGAUUUUCUACAAGAUAUCCUAUGAAGUUUUCACACUGUGCAAGAACUUGCGCAAAGACAGUUUGGCUGGAGCAAACAAGCCAAUGUUGAUGAGUGAUCAAAAAAAUAGAAAUGGUUAUGUAGUCUUGGAGUCAGAGGUCUAGCAGAUUGGUUAAGAGUCGCAAUAAUUGGCUUGGCUAAAUUUUACACUUUCGAAAUUGUACAUAAAUCAUUAAAUCAUAAGUGCACUUUUUUGGGGUACCAAUUCAAAGAAAUCUUACUGAGAAACACAUUCUAAUAACGUUCAGCAAAUAAAGAAAAUCUACAA